AUGUCUGUACCAUCCAACUUGUCAAAAGAGUUUGUGGAUUUCGUAAAAGCUAUCGGAGAUAGCAAGUCCAAACAAGAGGAAGAUGGAAUUGUGGUGAAUGAAAUGUCUAAGCUGAAGAAGAGAAUCAUGGAUACAAAGUGCGAUAACCGUACAACCAAGGAGAAUAUGUUGUAUAUGAUCUACUGUGAAAUGCUUGGUCAUGACUGCUCCUUCGGAUAUAUCAAGUGCAUUGAGCUGUCUGCAAAUCCUAACGUCUACCUGAAGAAGGUUGGAUACCUGACUGCUUCUUGCUGCAUUGGACCCGAGCAUGAGUUCCGUUUCAUGGUCAUUAACAUGCUCCAGAAGGAUAUGUCCUCGAACGACCACGUGGAGGUCGCGAACGCUCUGAUCGCCACCUCGAUGCUCAUCACCAAGGAGAUGAUUCCCGCUGUGAUCAGUCCUGUGGCGAACCUUCUCCACCACAAGCGAGAGUUCGUUCGUAAGCGAGCGCUGCUUGCCCUGCACCGCUUCUACCAGCUGGACAAGGACAGCAUUUCGCAUCUGACGGACGACAUCUGCAAGCUUCUGUGCGAUUCGGAUCCCGCGGUGAUGACCGCUUCGGUUGUCCUGCUCGACGACAUGUGCAAGGACGAUCCCAAUAUCGGCAAGAACCUGGUGCCCUCGCUGGUGAGCAUCCUGAAGCAGAUCGUGGAGCACCGUCUCCCGCGCGAUUACGACUACCACAACGUGCCCGCGCCGUGGGUGCAGAUCAAGAUCGUGCAUCUGCUGUCGCACCUGGGCUACGGAGACCAGACGAACUCGGAGAAGAUGUACCAGGUGAUCGCGUCGACGAUGUCCGCUGCAGACGCGGGCACGGCGAUCGGCCACGCCAUCACGUACGAGUGCAUUCGCUGCGUGGUGCACAUCUACCCGAACCAGGAACUGCUGGACUCGGCGAGCAAGGCCACUGCGUUCUUCAUCAACAACCCGCUGCCGAACCUGAAGUAUCUGGGUCUGAUGGCUCUGGGCGAGAUGGUGAAGGAGAACCCCACGGUGGCGGCCAAGCACCAGAUGGCCGUGAUGAACUGCCUGCAGAGCGACGAUGAGGCGCUGCGCCGCAAGGCGAUCGACCUGCUGUUCGCGAUCAGCAACGAGAACAACGUGCAGGUGGUGAUCGACAAGAUGCUGGACUUCCUGAAGACCACCAACGAUGAGUACUUCCAGGUGCUCCUGAUCAACCGCGUGAACGACCUCGCGGAGCGCUUCGCCCCCAACCCGUCCUGGUACAUCAAGACCAUCACGCAGCUCUUCCUGGCCGCUGGCGACAUGGUGCCCAACAACGUGGCGUCCACCGUCAUGAAGCUGCUCGAGGAGGGCCAGGGCGACCCCGAUAUCGACUACCAGCUGCGCGGCGAGGCCGUGGCCAUGUACUUGGAGCUGAUGGACGAGCCCAAGCUGCCCGCCGUGUUCGUGCAGGUGCUGGCGUUCGUGCUGGGCCAGUACGGAGACACCGCGGAGGUGGGAAUGGAGGAGGUCGUGCGCCGCCUCUGCAUUCUGUUCGAGCGUCUGAGCGACGUGGAGACCAAGGGCUACUGCAUCAACGCCAUCAUGAAGAACUGCGGCCGCAUGGGCUCGCUGACCGAGGAGGCGGACGCCGUGAUGAAGGAGUGCUGCCUGUCCCGCUUCGUGGACCUCCAGCAGCGCGGCCACAUGUUCAAGGUCAUGAUGGAGGGCAUGGGUCUGCUCUCCGUCGCCUUCCCCUCCGCCGCCGAGGACGCCGUCUUCGACGCGGACGAGUCGCUCUCCUUCCUGCAGACCUACGUCGACGAGAUGCGCAUCAACGGCGCUCCGGAGUACAAUCCUCCCGAGGACUCCGAGGAGGAGCGCGAGGAAGAGGCCAACACGCUCAAGACCGACGCCUACGCCGCUCCCGAGGUGGCCAAGCCCGACUACGCCGCCUACGACGCCGCUCCCGCCCAGCAGGCCCAGCCCGCCUCCACCGGCUUCUUCGGCGCCCAGCCUGCGCAGCCCGCAGCGCAGCCCGUCCAGCAGCAGCAACAACAACAGCCGAGCGCGGCGGAUCUGUUCGGCACCAACAAGGCCGCGGACCUGUUCGGAUCGACGAGCGGAUUCUUCGGCCCUGCGACGGUCACCACGCCCGCGAAGUCGCCGCACAUCCGCACGCCGCAGCCCACGACGCCCAGCAGCAACAGCAACGCGUACGACGUGUUCUCGUCCAGCAACGGCAACAUGUUCUUCGGCAACACGCCCGAGCCCGAGCCUGUCCAAGAGCCCGCUCCCGCUGCCGCCGCCAAUCCCUUCGAUUUCGGCUUCGGCGCGCCUGCGCAGCCCGUCCAGCAGCCCAAGCAGCAGCCCGCUGCCGCUGCGAAUCCCUUCGAUUUCGGCUUCGGCGCCCCCGCCCAGCCCAUGCAGCAGCCUAAACAGCAGCCGGCGCAGGCCAAUCCGUUCGACUUUGGCUUCGGCGCCCCUGCGCAGCAGCCCGCCCAUCAAAACUUCGGAUUCGGAGCCCCUGCUCAGCAGCAGCCCAUGCAGCAGAACUUUGGAUUCGGAGCUCCCCAGCAGCCCGCUCAACAGAACUUUGGCUUCGGCGCUCCGGCUCAGCAGCCCGCCCAGCAAAACUUUGGAUUCGGAGCUCCUGCCCAGCAGCAGCCCGCGCAGCAGAACUUCGGCUUUGGAGCUCCUAGCUCUACGAUUGAUCCCUUCGCCGGAUUUGGCUUUUAA